AUGAAGAACAAGCAAAAAUGGAGAUCUGAAGAAAAGGAACAGAGCAAGAUGCAGCAGGGGACAAGAAUGUCAGGCAGUGGUACCUCUUCCCAUGGUCAUCAAUAUAACUUUGCAGAAGACACCAUUGGUACACAGCUUGGACAAUCCCAAUAUCCUGGAGAAUUGUUUGAUCCCAGUCUAUUUGGAAUGCAAAACAAUAGAGCAAGUUUUGUGCCGAUGUUUUAUCCCUACUCAUUUCUUCCCCAGGGGAUGACUUUUCGUGCUACCUCAACAAAUGGUCUGGUCGGCCAGUCUGUUGGUAAUUUUGCGCAGCAGCAUCAGCCCCCUGGGCUACCUUCUGGUGCUACCUCAACAAAUGCUCCCGUUGGCCAGUCUGUUGCUAAUUUUUGGCUGCAACAUCAGCCCCCAGCAGGAGGGUUAAGUCAAGGAUUAGGCAUGAACAUGUCAUAUACAGAAAUGUUGCUCGCUGCUGAUUGUGAGGCUGCUUAUUUUGGAUCACCCCACACAAGCCGCUAUCCUGUUGGUGCUGAGAACGAGACGUUCAUGAUAACUGGGCGAAACACAGACUUGAACCAACAAACUGAGAUGGGGGAUCCUACAUCAAACAACAUAUUUGAAGACAAUGAGAAUUCAAACUGGGACAACUGCUUGUCUGAUGCCUAUCAUCCUAUACCAUCUAUGAAAGCUUUGACAUGGAAAGAUACUGUCCCAACUCCUGGUGCAGAAUUUAUGGAAGCUCUUGGGAUGUGUGACAAUGACAAUGUCAUUGAUGAUGAUCCGCUGAGUGAUGAGUCGAACGAUGAAACAACUGCUUUCGAUAAUGUGCUUGCGGUCUCUGAAGAAUGCGCUGAUGUAGUUGUUGUUGAGGAUGAGAUUCAGCAGACUGAAAAUGCAGCAAUGGACAAUGAUCAUGUGAGACUGACCCCAGAUGACAUAGACAACUUUCUUGAGGAAGAUGGUAUUGCUGCAGAACAGACUUCAAGCCAACAGGUCAGAAGCCUACAUGUGCCACAAAUGGGCAUGAUAUUUGACACGUCGAAUGCAGCCCUAGCGUUUUACAACCAAUAUUCUUCCAUCAGUGGAUUUGCUGUGAGAAAAGCAUCAAACUACCGUGGGCAAACUAUCCCAGGAGGCGGUGAGUCUCGGUGCAUCUUCAGAUGCAACAGGGCGGGAAAGGUACUUGAUGAGGAGCAAAAAGAGGCCCAAAGGAAAAAAGGCAAGAAAAACGGCAAGAGAAAACUGGCAGGGUACCACCAGAGAAGACAAGGAAAAGGAGGAGGAAUGCUAUUGACAUAA